AUGACCCAAAGUGCAAGAAUACGCCCUAACUUCUUCCACUUCCCGGCGAACACUCUCCUACCAUUCCCUUCCAUCCCGUCCCGUGUCUCGCCAUUUCUCUUCCCAUCGCUAGCGCCAUCGCUCUUGUCGCGUCUCCCGUCGUCCUUCACUUGCAUUCUUCGUUCCCAUUCCCCCUCCCUUCUACCUUCUCUCCGCGGCGAGAUGGCGCUUGCCGGAUUUGCCUUCGAGGUCUUCGGCAAGGUGCAAGGCGUGUCGUUCCGGUAUUACACGAGCCAUAAAGCGACUUCCCUGGGGCUGGUGGGGUGGUGCCGAAACACAGACAUGGGGACAGUGGAGGGGGAGAUUCAGGGGCGCAAGGAGAACGUGCAGGAGAUGAAGGUAUGGCUAUGCACCACUGGCUCUCCUUAUUCCCGCAUCGAGCGAUGCGCUUUUAAGAAUGAGGUGGACGAUCUUAAAGAGUUGUCUUUCAAGUCAUUCCACGAUGAGAUAUUCCACGUGCCUCAGACGCAGCAGUACUGCCGAGGGGACCUGCUGACGUGGCACCCGCUUAUCACCACGCUGCCUGGCCUUUACUACCUAGCCCUUAUAUCCGCAGGCAUGCAAUACGCCCUCCCGCAUCCUCCCCUCUCCUUCUUCCUUCACACCCCCCAUCUUCCCCCCUUCCUUCACAACCCCACUUCCGCAUUCCCCAUCUCUCAGCUAUUACCUAGCCCUUCUGUCUCUCUAGUCUCCACCUCUUGUCCCUCAUCCCAAUGCUCGUCUUUCCCUCCCCUCCCCCCCCUCCCAGCUAGCAGCAGGCCUCAUAAUCCGCCAGACCAACUCUGUGUGGGCCCUGCUCGCUCUCUGCCUCCCUCACUAUGCCUAUCCACUUCCUGCUCGCUCUCUGCCUCCCUCACUAUGCCUAUCCACUUCCUGCUCGCUCUCUGCCUCCCUCACUAUGCCUAUCCACUUCCUGCUCGCUCUCUGCCUCCCUCACUAUGCCUAUCCACUUCCUGCUCGCUCUCUGCCUCCCUCACUAUGCCUAUCCACUUCCUGCUCGCUCUCUGCCUCCCUCACUAUGCCUAUCCACUUCCUGCUCGCUCUCUGCCUCCCUCACUAUGCCUAUCCACUUCCUGCUCGCUCUCUGCCUCCCUCACUAUGCCUAUCCACUUCCUGCUCGCUCUCUGCCUCCCUCACUAUGCCUAUCCACUUCCUGCUCGCUCUCUGCCUCCCUCACUAUGCCUAUCCACUUCCUGCUCGCUCUCUGCCUCCCUCACUAUGCCUAUCCACUUCCUGCUCGCUCUCUGCCUCCCUCACUAUGCCUAUCCACUUCCUGCUCGCUCUCUGCCUCCCUCACUAUGCCUAUCCACUUCCUGCUCGCUCUCUGCCUCCCUCACUAUGCCUAUCCACUUCCUGCUCGCUCUCUGCCUCCCUCACUAUGCCUAUCCACUUCCUGCUCGCUCUCUGCCUCCCUCACUAUGCCUAUCCACUUCCUGCUCGCUCUCUGCCUCCCUCACUAUGCCUAUCCACUUCCUGCUCGCUCUCUGCCUCCCUCACUAUGCCUAUCCACUUCCUGCUCGCUCUCUGCCUCCCUCACUAUGCCUAUCCACUUCCUGCUCGCUCUCUGCCUCCCUCACUAUGCCUAUCCACUUCCUGCUCGCUCUCUGCCUCCCUCACUAUGCCUAUCCACUUCCUGCUCGCUCUCUGCCUCCCUCACUAUGCCUAUCCACUUCCUGCUCGCUCUCUGCCUCCCUCACUAUGCCUAUCCACUUCCUGCUCGCUCUCUGCCUCCCUCACUAUGCCUAUCCACUUCCUGCUCGCUCUCUGCCUCCCUCACUAUGCCUAUCCACUUCCUGCUCGCUCUCUGCCUCCCUCACUAUGCCUAUCCACUUCCUGCUCGCUCUCUGCCUCCCUCACUAUGCCUAUCCACUUCCUGCUCGCUCUCUGCCUCCCUCACUAUGCCUAUCCACUUCCUGCUCGCUCUCUGCCUCCCUCACUAUGCCUAUCCACUUCCUGCUCGCUCUCUGCCUCCCUCACUAUGCCUAUCCACUUCCUGCUCGCUCUCUGCCUCCCUCACUAUGCCUAUCCACUUCCUGCUCGCUCUCUGCCUCCCUCACUAUGCCUAUCCACUUCCUGCUCGCUCUCUGCCUCCCUCACUAUGCCUAUCCACUUCCUGCUCGCUCUCUGCCUCCCUCACUAUGCCUAUCCACUUCCUGCUCGCUCUCUGCCUCCCUCACUAUGCCUAUCCACUUCCUGCUCGCUCUCUGCCUCCCUCACUAUGCCUAUCCACUUCCUGCUCGCUCUCUGCCUCCCUCACUAUGCCUAUCCACUUCCUGCUCGCUCUCUGCCUCCCUCACUAUGCCUAUCCACUUCCUGCUCGCUCUCUGCCUCCCUCACUAUGCCUAUCCAAUUCCUGCUCGCUCUCUGCCUCCCUCACUAUGCCUAUCCACUUCCUGCUCGCUCUCUGCCUCCCUCACUAUGCCUAUCCACUUCCUGCUCGCUCUCUGCCUCCCUCACUAUGCCUAUCCACUUCCUGCUCGCUCUCUGCCUCCCUCACUAUGCCUAUCCACUUCCUGCUCGCUCUCUGCCUCCCUCACUAUGCCUAUCCACUUCCUGCUCGCUCUCUGCCUCCCUCACUAUGCCUAUCCACUUCCUGCUCGCUCUCUGCCUCCCUCACUAUGCCUAUCCACUUCCUGCUCGCUCUCUGCCUCCCUCACUAUGCCUAUCCACUUCCUGCUCGCUCUCUGCCUCCCUCACUAUGCCUAUCCACUUCCUGCUCGCUCUCUGCCUCCCUCACUAUGCCUAUCCACUUCCUGCUCGCUCUCACAGGUUUCCCCCCCCCCUGCCGCCCCCUCCUCCCUCCCGCACCCCCCCCCCUGGCAGCUAGCAGCAGGCAGCAUCAUCAUCCGCCAGACCAACGCCGUGUGGGCUCUGCUCGCUCUCUGCCUCUCCGCCUCGCAAUUCCUGGGCAUGCCCACACUUCUGACCCCCCAGGAAACUGCACAGUUAGAAGGGUUCCAGGCUGGAGGAUUAGAUGCGCGGGCAGGAUCAGAAGCACAGAGAGUUGCAGCACGAAAGGACACAGCAGAAAAAGACAAGGCAGAAAAAGACAAGGCAGAAAAAGACAAGGCAGAAAAAGACAAGGCAGGAAAAGACAAGGCAGAAGAAGACAAGACCGACAAGGACAGCAGGGGCAGAUCUGCUGAGCAUGGGGAUUUACAAAACGGCGUUGCCACCGAUCGGAUAAAGGGAAGCUUCCAGGAUCCUUCCUGGGCGAUGGGGGCAGCUGCGAGAGGGGAGGACGCACCCAGGGCGCUCCUGCUGCUGCUGCACCGCGCGUGGGCCCUGCGGGGGAAGUUUCUCGGAAGCUUCUUCCCACUGCUGGCGGUGUUGGCGGCGUUUUUUGUCUUUGUGCGUGUCAACGGGGGAAUCGUUGUCGGAGCGCGCACAGAGCACCGUCUCUCCCCCCAUCUCACGCAGCCACUCUACUUCGCAGCCUUCUCCGCACUCUCCCUCUCGCCCCUCCUCCUCGCCCCUUCCUCCCUCCUCCCCCUCCUCUCCACCACCUCUUGCUCUCUCCGAUCGGCCCCCGGUAUCAUUGUCGCCCCAUCCAUGUCUACCUCCUCUCCUUCCCUUCGCUUCCUUUCUGACCGUCGUCCCCCUUCUCUCUUUUCCACCCUCGUUCUCUCUCUCCUCGUCUCCGCCCUGCUCUUCCCAACCAUCAAACACUUCAGGUAUCAUGUCCCUCUUUCCUUUCUCCGUCCUCGCUCUUCCUCCUUCCUCCCCCUCCCUCCUCUCCUCCUCCUCUCGCUCUUCCUCCUUCCUCCCCCUCCCUCCUCUCCUCCUCCUCUCGCUCUUCCUCCUUCCUCCCCCUCCCUCCUCUCCUCCUCCUCUCGCUCUUCCUCCUUCCUCCCCCUCCCUCCUCUCCUCCUCCUCUCGCUCUCUCCGAUCAUCCCCCACCCUCUGCCUCAGCCUCUUUCUCCUCGUCUCCGCGCUGCUCUUUCUCACCAUCGAAAACCGGACAACCAUCACGGCCCGUUCUACAUCUAUUGUUGGCUCGGAUCCACCCUUUCCAUUCCGCUCUCUCUUGCCCUUUCUCCCACUGCCCCUCCUCCCAGCCUCGCCCACCCCUACUUACUAGCGGACAACCGUCAUGACCCCUUCUACAUCUAUUGUUGUCUCAUCCACCCUUUCCAUUCAGCUCUCUCUUCUCCCACUGCCCCUCCUCCCAGCCUCUCCCACCCCUCCUUACUAGCAGACAACCGCCACUACCCCUUCUACAUCUGGCGCCGGCUCAUCAAUCCUUCCCAUGCUCCCUUCUCAUCCUCCCUCUUCCUCCCUAAACACCAUCCCUCUCUAUCCCAGCCUCUCCCACCCCUAUCUGCUAGCAGACAACCGCCACUACCCCUUCUACAUCUGGCGCCGACUCAUCAAUCCGCCCCACAGCCCGUCACAGCGCUUCCUGCUGCUGCCAGUCUAUGCCCUCUCCCUCCUCGCCCUCACCCAUGCUCUGCGUAUGUGGCAACUCACAGCUUACGCCGUGCCAUGACCCCUCUCGGCCUCUUCUUUUUCUCAGCUGCAACAGCAGCAGUUCUCGUCCCAUCCCCGCUCCUCGAAUUCCGCUACUUCAUCCCUCCCUUCCUGCUCCUGCUGUUACACCUCCCCCUGCCUCGCAACCGCCUGGAAAAGAGGGUUGCAUGUGCUCUGGUUGUCACUGCCUUUGCUGCUGUAGAUAUUGCCACGAUGGCACUCUUUUUGUUCCGCCCGUUCAAGUGGGAGGGGCACGAGGGCUUGCAACGGUUCUUAUGGUAA